AUGUUCACACACCUGCUACAGCGUACCCGGUUGCUCCCCACGCUGAACCGCAUUCAAGAGCUGGAUGAAGAAGAAACGGGCAUUACUAUAUUUGCUCCGACCAACAAAGCAUUUAAUGCCAUGCUCUCCGGAGACAUGGGCGACCCCCUGGCCGACAAUGUUCAGGCCGUGCUGCGGCAGCGUCUACUCUAUCAUGUGCUCAAUUACACGCUGCCGACCGAGGGCCCCGCACUGGAGUUGUAUGAGACACUACAUCUACCUUCUCGUAAGCGCUUAUUUGAGCCAACCCGACCUGGCCGGAUUCCUCAAAAGCCCCAACGGCCGCCCGAGCCUGGCGCGGAAGACCAUGGAGGCUUACUGGGCAAUCAUGGACAAUACAUGCGGAUCCAGCGCGAUGCUACUGGUCAAGUGACCCGUGUUGGUGUGAAUGCGCGUGGACAGGGCGGGGCGCGUUGUAUUUCUCGCGAUGCACGCUCGCGCCAUGGUAUUUUGUAUGUUAUCGACCAAGUCUUGGAUGUGCCACCGCCCCUGGAUAUAUUUUUGAAGAGUCAUGCCAAUACGACUGCGUUCCGCCAUAUUACCAAUGACACAAUGCAUAAGCUGGCUACAAUUCCGCAAUUGACUAUGUUCCUCCCGGUGGAUGCUGCAUGGCAAUCAUUACAGCCCCUGGAGAAAGCGUACCUAUUCAGUGACUGGCCCCAGGCCAUAGACGACUGGGUGCGUAUUUUUGGCUGGCAUGCAUCCAAUGCAGGUCUAGGUCAUGAUAUGGUUGGGUAUGCCUCGCUGUUGCGUGCUGCGCAGCCCACUCGUGUGACUUCAAUUCUGGGAGGCGAGGUCAAUAUCACAGUAUCGUCGCAGGGUCAGCUGCAGUUUGGCAGGGCACGCAUCGUGGAUGAAGAUAUUUUGACAGAAAAUGGCGUCGUUCAUCUUGUGGAUGGGUUACACCUGCCAUUUGGCGACCUGGGUAUGACUAUGGAAAAGUGCUUACUAGCCCUCAAUGCAACCUUUUAUGUUUCACUCAUGAAGCGGGCAGGUCUUGAGCACUAUAUUAACCAGGAUCCUCAUGAACCACAACGUAUCGAUGCUCCCAAAGGCCCAUUCACCUUCAUCGUACCCUCCAACGACGCUUUGAAGCACUGGCUGCAUUCUUACGCAGCGACCAACCCUUCUAUACCCAGUGAUCCUGGCAAUGACAUAUCCCGCCUUCGUGAAAUGCUUUUGUAUCAUAUAUUACCCGGAGAGCAUCAUGAAUUUGCACCCUAUGGAAUGUUAUCUACGGAGUUUUAUCCCUCGAAAUUGCAGGGCCAACCACAGCGUAUUCAUGUAUCUACCACCGAAGAUCGUAUAUCUAUCGGGUCUUCCAAGGUUCUUAAAGGUCCACUUCGCGCAGCUAACGCCACACUCUACUUUGUUAAUGAUGUCGCUCACAUCCCCCUUGAUCCUGUCGCUACCGCAACGCAAUCGUCAUUGACCAUGUUUGUGCGCGCCCUGGUCCAGUCGCAAAAGGAAGACAGAGUGCGAAAGGCGCCCAUAAUGACCUAUUUAGUGCCUCAUGAUGCAGGAUUUGAGGCUAUGGGCCUUGUGGCAAAAUAUCUUUUGCAUACGCAUUCUCGUGAUUUAGAUCAAGUGUUGACCUACCACGCCUUGCCGGGACUUUGGUACUCAGAUCAGCUUUCGUCAGACUGGACUACGAUACCCACUUGGGAGGGCUCUUUGCAAUCCAUGCGACUGGAUUCGCGUGAGCUCCUUGUUCGCAGCAAUACGUCGGAGAGGCUCACAGUCACUCAACCGGAUAUUCUAACAGAUACAGGAGUCAUUCACGUUGUACCUCGUCUUCGUGUACCGCCAUCGGUACCGAUAACGCUGUUCAAGCUUGCUCAAAUAUCGUCGGCUCAACGCAUGAUGCAGCUCAUUGACGACGCGGGGUUCCAAUGGCUAUGGAACAAAACAUAUGAUAUCCAAGCCAAGAGUCCUUGUGGGCGCCAAAAGGUGGUGCUACUUCUCCCUAGUGAUGAUGCUUUUCUCCAAAUUAACAUCACUGAGUAUUAUCGCAGUCCCGAGCUACUUCGGGCACUUGUGGCCCAACACAUUCUUCUUGUGAACGACUGUGAUGAAGCGCACGAAAAGCGUUUCGAUCUUCCUCUGUCCUUGGAGGACGAAGCACAACACCCCACCCUUCUCGAUAAAAGCGUAGGAGGUACAAGCCGGUUCGGGGCCUUGGCGCUACGGUAUAUGGGACGGUCACGAGGCUCCUCUAUUGGAUAUAUGAUUGGUAUCAAGAACGCCCAAAGUGUACGCAACCACCACCACGCUGCUCGGAUCACGAACUUCGGACGCGUAUCUCAGCCUAUUGCCUCACAAGGUGUGAUGCCCGGGGGCAUUCUAACGCUUGAUACCAUCCUGGAGCCCUACUCUCCUGGCUGGCUACACCGCUGGGACCGAGUCUGGCAAGUAAUUCUACUGUUCUUGGUAUUGUACAGUUUAUACGAAGUCUAUCUGUAUGCUCGCAUUCGUUAUGAGGGCUAUACAAGACUGCAAGCAGGCACAUUGGAAGGUGAAGAAGAGUAA